UACUUUCAGAUAUUUCCAGGGCAUUUACGAUUAGUGCCGAACUGAAAAUUUGCAGAUAUUCCAUCCACCUGCUCUGAGUCCCUCUCUCCACAAUUACUUCAACUAUUGCAUGAAAUCCGAUCAAACCCCAGCUGUUGUUAGCCCUGCCCCAUGAGGCGCCGCACGAUCGCGCAACGUGUGCGAAUCGGCUCGUCGCCGCGCACAAGUAUAAAGCCAUUUCCUCCCCGCUGUUCGCUCCCAAUUCUUCCCCCCAAAACAAAAUGUCAUUCAUCGCCAAGGUCAAACACGUUCCAUCGACUGACACCCUCGUGCUCGUGCCGGGAAACUACACCAAGCCGUUCCCGCCGGCACCAGAGCGCACGCUCACACUUUCCUUCAUCCGCACGCCGUCGUGGCAGACUCACGAAGCAGGUGCGUACGAGGUGCGCGAGUACCUCCGCGCACUCCUUCUCGGCAAGGAGGUCAAGUUCCGCGUCUUUGGAAAGGCUGCAACACGUGAGUUUGGCGACGUAGCCACGCCGCUCUUUGCGUCGCUCGCCGAACACCUCGUGGCCAAGGGCUACGCUAAGGUCAAGGAGGAUGCGCGUCCACAAUCCGACACCGAGGAGGAACUCCUCACCUCCCUCGAGGCAGCUGAAAACAAGGCCAAGUUGGAGCUGCUCGGCGUGUGGGCACUUCCUAAGAAGGGUACCGGUUUCGCGAACCUCACCGUGUUGACCGCGCCGACCGACGAGGCCGUAGCCAAGUCGCGGAAGCUGCCAUUGACUGCGACGGUCGAAAAGGUCAUCAGUGGUGACCGUAUCAUCGUGCGCAUCAUCGUCAACAGGACCACGCAUAUCCUCACGCCGGUGCUCAUUGCCGGGAUCCGCUGCCCGCGCACGGGCGAGACCCCAGAGCCGAACGCAAACGAGGCCGCACACUUUGUCGCGACCCGUUUGCUCGGCCGCCAGGUGCAGGUUGGGCUCGUAGGCGCGAACCAGACAGGCACUCCCGUCGCGAUAGUGCUCCAUCCGGCCGGCAACGUCGCCGAGAAGCUCCUUGCCGCGGGGUACGCAGAGGUGGCCGACUGGCAGUCCAGUAUGAUCGGCAGCGAGGCCAUGGGUUUGUUGCGCCGUGCAGAGGCACAGGCAAAGCGUGUAACCGCCCCUAAGGCCACCACCAAGACCUCCGGCGCGCCCUUGGCGCCAGGUAAGACCGUCACGGCGACGGUCGCACGCGUGGUGUCCUCCGACACCCUCUUGAUCCGCUUGGACGACGACUCAGAACACACCGUGCAGCUUGCGUCGAUUAAGGCGCCACGUGCGUCCAACCCUGCCACCGCGCCAUACGUGCCUACCGCGCGCGAAUAUGUGCGCAAGCUCGCGAUCGGCAAGACUGUCGACGUGUGCGUUGAGGCAACGCGCACGCCAAAUGAGGCGCUCGGGCUCGACGCGCGUCCGCUCGUGAGCGUCACGCUUGCUGGUGCGGACCUUUCCGCGACCGUUGUCCGCGCAGGCUUCGCAACGGUAAUCCGCCACAACAAGCAGACCGUGGACGAGCGUGCUGCCGCGUGGGAUCUUCUCCUUGAACUUGAGACUGAGGCCACCGCGGCCAAGGCUGGGCUCCACUCUGGUAAGCCGCCAGCGGCUGAGCGCAUAGUAGAUGCGUCCGAGUCGGUCGCGCGCGCCAAAACGUUUGUCAACUCGUUCGCGACACGCUCUCCAGCGGUCGUGGAACAUGUACUCUCCGCGACGCGUUUGCGUCUUGCUGUGCGUGGUGGUGUCAAGCUCACGUUACUCCUCGGCGGUCUCCAAAGCGCCGGCGCGAGCACCGGACCCAAUGCGGGUCUCGCCUUUGCCACGAAGAAACUUCUUCAGCGUGAGGUCCAGUUCGAAGCCUACGGCACCGACAAAGUCGGUGGGUUCAUCGGGAACCUCUACCUCACGGGCCAGAAGGCGCCGUUCCAGGUGAACCUCCUCUCCCAGGGUCUCGUGCGCACGCACGAGUUCUCCCUCAGUCAGAACCCAGCGGCGAGUGAGAUGGCUGCGGCAGAAGACGCGGCGCAUGCUGCGCGCAAGGGCUUGUGGGCGGACUUUGAGGAGCCAAAGGAGGUUCCCAAGGUGGAGACUGUGGCUGCAACGCAGUUUUUGGACAUCAAGGUCACGGAUAUUAGUCUUUCCGGGACCAUUUCGUUCCAGCUUGACGACGCUGCGAGCGUGACUAAGUUCAAGGGAUUCACCCAGGAAUUUAACAGCUACAACUCGCAGCCUGCGGUCUCGUCGCUGAUCCAGUCCGCAGACCUCCUCACCUCGCCGGUGAACCUCGCCUCGGCGGGGACUACGCCAAAGAAGGGCGACGUGGUGAGUGCCAAGUUUGCCGAAAACGGCAAGUAUUACCGUGCACGUGUCCUCGCGGUCGACCCGUCCGGCAAGUUCUUGGUCCAACACAUCGAUUUCGGCAACACUGAUACCGUCAAGUUAGACGCGCUCAGAUACCUUCCGCGCAAGUUCGGCGUUGCGGCGUUGGCAUCGCAGGCGCGUUCCGCACGCCUUGCGCACGUGAAAUUGCCUCCUAAUAAGCCUACCGACUACUUGACCGACGCGCUCUACGCGCUCGAGGACUUGUGCAUGGACAAGAAAGUGGUUGCUGCUGCCGUUCCAAUCCGCCAGGAGGUGGAGUUUGAGGUUGUGUUGUACGACGCCUCCAAGAUUGGUGAUGCUAGCCACUCGAUCAACAAAGACUUGGUUGCCGAGGGCUUUGGGAUCGUCAAGGGCGACGGCAAGGAGGCGAAGGAGUUGAGAGUGGUGCAGGAUCAAGCCAGGGGAGAGAGAUUGGGCUGCUGGGAGUUUGGUGAUGUCGACGAGGAGGAAUAA